CUCGCGGCCCGCGGUUCACUCCCUCAGUUCCAGGGACCUCGCACGACCUACCGACGACGAAAUGCCUACCAGGAGGGUCCGAGACUCUGAGAGAAGGCGAUGCGCCGAGGCCUGCGAGAGCUGCAAACGUCGCAAACAAAGAUGCGAUGGCCGUAGACCUUGCGCCCGCUGCAUCAAGCGAGGUCUCGGGCAUGAGUGCCACGAGUCUCAAUCUGCCUCAAACAAUGGCGCAAGACGCAUCCUCGCGUCAUCCCUACCAAGUCCCGAUCCCGAUAGACUCAGUAAUAUCACCGAGCAGACCACUCCUGCUGGUAGUAUAACCGUCGGUAACAGAUCGGGUCUGACGUCGGUGGAUGAGACAUAUGUUGAUGACGGGACCUCUUCCUCUCUGCAGCUGCUCUCGAAUACACAACCUGAAAGACUUCCACGCAUGUCGCGCCUUGUUCAAGAUACACGGGGUGAAUACAUGUUCAUUGGCGACUCUGCAACGCUGUCGUUUCUGCAGAAUAUUAGGAGGAUUGUGCGACGUAGCAUAGGAGAUUGUGCCCUUGUUGAUGACCCAUUGCGACAUGGUAUCGUCGAAGCAUCGCCUGAAACACGGCGAGGAUGGAUCCUGUCGAGUGCCCAGAACCCACCGCCACGGCAGUCUGAGCAGGAACUCGAUUAUCUUGUGAAAUGGUACAUGCAAUCAGCCAAUUGUGUACUACUUCUCUUCGACCAGACAGAACUUGACCAAGGCAUAAGAAAGUGGAUUGAAGAUGGCCAAGAUAUCGCUGACCCUGCGAGUUCCGUAUAUUAUCUGGUGUUUGCCAUCGGUGCGCAAACAGGACCAGAAAAUAAAGAUGACUUGGCUGAGACCUUCUUCAACUAUGCCCGGUACUUGACAGUGGAAACACUGAUAGAAGAGCCAGGUAUUGUCACUAUUCAAGCGUUGGUCCUCAUCGCCAUGUAUCUCUUGGGUGCAUCGCGCCGGAAUGCGGCGUUCAUGUAUCUCGGCAUGGGAGUUCGAGCUGCAUAUGCCAUCGGCCUUCAUCGCCAUGAUAUUGCUUCCCUCUUCUCUGCUAACGAGGGUCGUGCGAGAGAACAGCUAUGGAAAGGCAUUCGAAUUCUCGAUCUGUUCAUGAGCGCAUCAUUGGGCAGGCCUCCCUCGACAUCCGAGUUGAGAGAUACUACAAACCCUCAGAGCUAUUCAGCUUGUAAUGACCUCUCUAUGAUCUUUGAGUUGAUCCUUACAGAUGUUUAUGCAAAGAGAAUGAUAUCUCCAGAGAUAUUGGAACGCAUCAGCAAGCAUCUUCGACGGUGGACUGCACAAUGUGGAGAGGGUCUCGCGGUGGACGGCAUUGAGCAGGAUGACUUGAUCCGUGACCAGAAUGGCGAAGUGCAGCCAAACAUUGGGCUAAUACACCUCAAACUAACUGGUCAUUGGACAGUCAUGCUCCUGUCUCUUCCAUUUCUUCACAAGGCGGUAUCUCAACACGUCGAAGACAAUCAACAGUCUGCGCAAGGAACUGCAAAGCCAUCUUCCUCAGCAAAUCAAGUGCUUGUCCACUCCUGCCUAGAGUCAGCAGUGCGAACAGUCGACCUGCUACAGACUCUCGUCAGGACUGGAACUAUACCGAAACGCUUACCGAUUGUUGGUAAUUCAGCGUUUGUAUCUGGCCUUGUCCUCGGUGCAGCAAUCUUUGGGGAUUUCGACAACUCAUUCCCGCUCGAGAAGAGCCUCCAUGCAGCCAGAGGCGUUCUCGACCGCUUCAGUCGUUACGAUGCUGUGGCGAAGCGCCAUCUUAUGAUCCUAGAUCACUUACAGAAUGCAUGCGACAUAUACAUGGAUAAUCGAGCAAGGUUACGAAUGGAACGCCAACGGCACUUCGUCAACGGUCUCUUCGGAAGUAUUCACACAAUCGGAAAGUCGCCAUCACAGAAUUCUCAACAACCAGAAGGUAACUCUCGAAUCGGUUCAACAGAUGGAAUACAAACGCAACCCCAAACGCCUAGACCGGGCCAAAUAACGAACGAGAUGACCGAGGAGCAGCAAGGGUUUUCGAUGGAUGGAGGAGAGCAGACGGAGAUUGACGUCGAUAUUUCAGCGGAUGCUUUUCUGGGUAUUUCACCAAACAUGCUUUGGUUUGAUUCUUUUGAUACGACAAUGUCUCUAUUUCCCAUCGUGGAUACGCAAAUAAUGGGCGACGAAAUGAUGGCCCACGGCGUUAAUAAUCAAGAAUGA